GUAAGCUUACCCGUAUUUGUUGUUGUGAAUCUGGUUCAACCUUACAGAAUUGGUUGCAUACUUUUUAAUUUUUUGAAAUUAUAGGAAAACUUCGUGGCAAUAGAUCGGCUACAACACCAGUUGAUCAAUUAUGGCGAUGGCCGUCGACUUUGGACAUUCUGGCGUCACUGUUGGGGGCGGGACUCUGUCGGAACUGUACCAGAGUUCGCGGCGGCUAUUGCUGAAGACUAGAGAUGGAUUAGAGAAGCUGGAGCGGUGUCAGUACACCUCUUCCUCCACCGCGUCCUCAUCGUCCUCGAGCGCCUCGUCAUUGGCCAUAGACUCUUCCAGAAAUUUGUUCGACUCUGUCAGGAAGGACAUCACUCAGAUCCAGUCGCUAUGUUCCGAGAUGGAUCGCCUUUGGCGUUCCGUACAUGCCAAGUCUCAACGUGAUCUUUGGAAAAGAAAAGUCGAACAAGUGGCUGAAGAGGCUGACUCUUUGAAAGACAGUUUGAAUAAGUAUGAUCUUUAUAAUAAGCGGCGAAUACAAGAGGCUCAAGAGAGAGCUGAGUUACUUGGAAGAGCUAAUGGAAGUUCAUCUCACGUUCUUCGGAUUUUUGAUGAGGAAGCACAAGCAGUGCAGUCUGUCCGAAGCUCUUCAAAGAUGGUGGAAGAAGCUUUGGCAACUGGUACUGCUAUUCUAUCUAAAUACAGCGAGCAAAGGGACAGAUUAAAGCUCAUCGACAUUCAAAAUUUUGAAUUGGCCUCUAAAAGCGUGAGAAGAAAAUACAGAGAUGGAAAUGAAAUAAAGAGGUCUGUAUCACUGUAUGUGUAGAAGUUGGACUGUUGGAGAAAAGGAAUGAAUGAAAGGGAAUGAAUGAAACCAAUUCUCCAUGUCCUAUUUAUUUUAGUCAUUUUAUCUUACUUUUUUUCCUUUUCUUGUCCGCCUUCUCUUUUUGGCAUCGAUAUCAUAGAUCGAUUCAUGUUAGCCGACUCCAAAUUCUUUUGGGAUUAAGGCUUAGUUGUUGUUGUUGUAUUAUAUAUGGCUUCAUGUUCCUCCAUCUCUGUCCAGAAGAGCUUCUGAUUUAGUUCAUAGAUUUAAAGGCUUAGGCGCACUGGCACAGUGGAGAAAAGGGAUGGUGGCUAUUUUGUGGGUGGGUAGAAAUAUAAUUUGAGAUUUUGAGGUGAUUGGUUGGAUUAUUUAAGCGUGGUAAUAGGAUAAGUGCUAGGGUAGUAUAGUUAUUGUGAUUACUUUGGAAAGUGUUGCAAUUACUCAAGUACGGAUAUGUGUUGUAUUAUGCAAUAUAAUCUUCCAUUGUUUCAAAUGGCUAAAAUAGCUUGGCCAUUAAGGAGUUGGCAACUUGAGACAAUAAUAAUAUAAUAUUUCAUCCGCCCAUUA